AUGAGGAUGGCAGUGCCAAUUCACAAUACAUCACCAUCACCAUCACAUCCAUCACUAUCUUCUAUUGCUUCCUCUCAAUCAAAAACUGUGACGUUCCGCGCUGAUCUUGAGGAGAUUGUUGAAGAUAUUGAAGAUGGUUUUGAGGAUGAUUCUGAACCUGCGGAGAGGUGUGUUCCCGAGAUGCUCUUCCAUAAUUCUCCUCGUGUACACUUUGAUGACGACUGGGAGGAUGAAUUUGAUGAAGACUGCGAGGAAGAACUUGAUGAGGACGACAAGGAAGAAUUUGAUGAGGACGAAGAAGAAUCAAACUCGAUUCUUGAAGAUGUCGUGGAGCGGAUGGGAUACAAACUGGCUCUUAUGAUGUUCAUUGUCGCUUCUAUGGGAGUCGGGUUGUGGAUCAUUGCCGGGAACCAGGAAUCCGAUCCAUCAGAAUUCGAUUCGAGAAACGCUCCGACAACAAUGGAUGAUGGCAGUGGCUACCUCAAAUACAGUACCAUCGGCACCGCAUUCAUAAUUCUCUGGUAUUGCAUCAUUUCAAUCCGCCUGAAAUUGGCUGAUGAAAGAAGAAUCUCGCCGGAUAGCAGCUUUUUCGAAGAGGAAGAAGAGGAACAGAGUACGGGCAGAAUCGAAACGGUAGAAUCCGAAUGUGUGGAGGUCAUGGAUACCAAGGCUGAAGAGGACUCGGAGGACCAGUCGAAGAACGAAACUUUGGAGACGAAUCAUUUUGAAAUGGUUGUUUUCACAAAGGACAAUGAUGGGGAGCAGAAGGAGUAUAGUGGAGACCAAUUGGAGACUGCUCAUAUAAUUAUCUGA